GUGCCAUUAUCAUCGGUCCUAGCAUGUUACCUAAACAGAAUUAGUUACGUCAACCGACGCGGAGUACGCGGAGUCCCUGAUUCCAGAAAAGCGAGACUAGGCAGAUGAUCGACACGGCCAUUUUCCCAAAGAUCAAACGGGUUCGGAGCUGAGCGAAAAGCGAUUCCUGUAAGAGUAUGGCUCAUUGUGGCAAAAACGAGAUCUAUUGUGUGCUUGUCGGAGAAGGUGGUCUUUCUAGGAGGCUAGGAGGGAAGAUGUGGGCGUGUUCGAUGUGAAUAUUUUGAAGCAAUCCCGUUCAGACCUUGCAUUCUUCUAUGGUCUGAACCACGACCUUCGUCGAGAAUCAUCCAGGAUGAAUACCAAUAACUUCCCACUGUCAGACGUGCUUGCGGUCGCGAAGAUCCAUCCGUUCUACAACUCCGAUGUACUUUAUCCACCGGACCCUGAGCAGAUCCGGGCUGCUGUGCAGUCUGGAGACUCCCAACCUAGAAAGACUACGAGUAGCAGUCUCGAGUCGCUGCCACUCACAACGAAGAAGAAUCUCUAUCAGGUUGUCGAGCGAUUGACCAAGGACACGAGCCCGCAAAACGAAUACCGUCGCAGUGCCUAUGUCAGCAUCACGGGUGGUGGUUCCGGGGGUUUGCCGCUGAUGUUUUUGUCGGACGCGAAAGAAAACCGGCAACAACGCGCAGCAUUUGGCGAUUUCCUGAGGAUCUGCCGCGUGGUGGAACCGCAUGAUUGGAUCCUGACAACGCAUGCCGCGGGCUAUUGGUAUAGGUCUCUUGACCUCAUGAGUGAGAUUCUAGAAAACGCAGGAGGGACGAUCCUCAGCGCGGGUAAUUUCAUGACCCCCGAUGAGGUUGUGCGCGCCCUUGAGCAUUACAAUAUCAACGUCUUGACAGGCGAUGGCAGUCAAGUCAUUCAAAUCGUCCACCGGAUUGGAACCCUUCCUGCGGAGAAGCGCAAAGGGAUCAGGUUGACGAAAGUGAUCUACACCUCUGAGCCGCUGACUGACGGUCAGAGACAAUACAUCCGCGCGACGCUGGGCCCGGUCAAGAUAUGCUCUGUCUUGGGAAGCGCAGAAUCCGGGCCGUACGCCCUCCAUAAUCCGGACCUGACCGGGGAUGCCGGGCUCACAGGCUCCAUGGACUUUGUCUUUGACACCCGGAGCCUUGUGGUUGAGAUCCUGCCCCCUGCCGUUAUGGAAAAUGGCUCCCCAUCGGGCUUCAAGUCCCUGCCGGAAGGUCAAGAGGGAGUUAUCGUCCAGACGUCCUUGCAACGGCGGCGUAAUCCCCUUGUACGUUACAUCACUGGCGACCUCGCAUCGGUCCACCCACUCCCCGACCUUGCACGGUCCGUGGUCCCGGAAUCUGAUCUCGAACACUUGCGGGUUCUCCGUUUGCGGGGUCGUGAUCGUCGCUUCAGUUUCAAAUGGUAUGGGGUAUAUUUUGAAUUCACCAACAUUGAGAAGCUUAUGCAGAGGGAGGACUUCGGGUUUCUGCAAUGGCAGAUCAUCAAAGCAACCCAUGAUUCAUCCCCGCAGACAGUCCUUGAGGUUAGGAUUCUUCGGGAGGUAGCUAGUGAACACCUGAUCGCGCUACAAGAUCUCGUCUAUGAACUGGAGUCUUUUUUCUUCGUGCUGCCCGAGAAUCGGCAUCUGUUCCGGCUGGCGUUUGUGGAAGAUCUGGGUGGCUUUGAAAAGAGCGGCACGGGGAAUAAAGUUAUGAAAUUUGUGGAUCGAACACAUUAGUAUGUUGCGGACACGCUUCCACAGGUCGGGCACAGAUGUAGUCCAUGUGUAGACAAGAUACUUACAAAACCAUAGAAGCGUUUUCCUGUUUCGCUUUAGGUAAUUCGCACUCGCCUUAUUACUGCUUCCUUGUCGUGUAAUAGAUACUUACAGCGUGUAUCUUUCCAUAUAUCUAACACGUAACUCGUCGGGGC